AUGCUCCCUCUGCCAGGCACUCCUUCGUCUUCUGCUGCUCGCUUUCGUCUCAGUCUGUCUACCAUGGUGCAACGUCUCGACAAGCGCGUCGUCGCCUCGUUCUGGUUGUUUGGUCUCAUAAACAAUGUUCUCUACGUGAUUAUUCUCAGCAGUGCUCUAGACCUCGUUGGUCCUGCUGUACCAAAGUCGCUUGUCCUGCUCUUCGACGUCGUUCCCUCCUUUCUGGUCAAGCUGACCGCCCCGUACUACAUUCACCUAAUUCCCUACAACCUGCGAAUCCUUGCCUUUGUCGCCCUCUCAUCAUGUGGUAUGCUCCUCGUUGCUCUGAGCCCGGGCUCGCCAGGCUCUGAUGUGCAUGCUACUUCUAUCACUGUCAAGAUGCUAGGAGUAAUACUGGCCUCGAUCAGCAGUGGAGGAGGUGAACUAAGCUUCCUAGGCCUGACACACUUCUACGGCCCUUUCAGUCUUGCUGCUUGGGGAUCUGGGACUGGCGGUGCCGGCCUAGUUGGGUCGGGUGCAUAUGUCCUGUUCACCACAGCCCUAGGCUUCAGCGUUCGAUCCAGCCUGCUCGCCUUUUCCUUCCUGCCUGUCAUCAUGCUCUUCAGCUUCUUCGUCCUGCUGCCGGGCAAACACGUGCUCAAGUCCAAGGACCAUGCUUAUGUCGCCGCUGCUCAAGAAGACGUGAACCCUGAUACCGAAUCGCUCCUGAGUGAUGGCCUCGACGACCCGCAAGCGCCAUCUACCCCCAAGUCUAGUCACGGCCCUGUUAGCACCGACGCAUGGCUUAAUCUGAAGGCAAACUUUGCGCGAGCCCGAAGCCUCUUCUUUCCAUAG